AUAUUUAUUAACAAUGAAUGGCAUGAGUCUACAAGUGGAAAGAAGUUCCCCACCUACAACCCUUCAACGCUGGAGAAAAUUUGUGACGUUGAGGAAGGAGACAAGCCUGAUGUGGAUAACGCGGUGGAAGCAGCAAAGGCAGCAUUCCAGAGGGGGGCUCCGUGGAGACAGAUGGAUGCCCUAAGCAGAGGACGACUACUGCACAAGCUGGCUGAUCUUCUCGAGCGAGACAGAGUCAUCUUGGCAACUCUGGAAACAAUGGACACAGGCAAACCUUUUCUGCAGGCUUAUUUCAUCGACCUGGAAGGUUGUAUAAAAACGCUCCGAUAUUACGCUGGAUGGGCUGAUAAAAUUCAGGGCAAAACCAUCCCAGUGGAUGAAAAUUUUGUCUGUUUCACCAGGCAUGAACCGAUGGGUGUCUGUGGAGCUAUAACCCCAUGGAACUUCCCAUUGCUAAUGCUGGUCUGGAAGAUGGCACCAGCGCUGUGCUGUGGAAACACUUUGGUUAUUAAGCCAGCUGAACAAACUCCUCUCACAUCGCUGUACAUUGGCUCGCUGAUCAAGGAGGUGGGUUUCCCUCCAGGUGUGGUGAACAUUGUGCCAGGCUACGGCCCCACAGCUGGAGCUGCUAUUUCUACCCAUCACAGCAUUGAUAAAAUUGCUUUUACUGGAUCAACAAAGGUUGGAAAACUGAUCAAGGAAGCUGCUUCUAAAAGCAACCUCAAAAGGGUGACAUUAGAGCUUGGAGGGAAAAACCCCUGCAUUGUGUGUGCAGAUGCAGACUUGGACUUGGCAGUGGAAUGUGCCCACCAAGGUGUGUUCUUCAAUCAAGGGCAGUGCUGCACGGCUGCCUCGCGAGUGUUUGUAGAGGAGCAGAUAUACCCAGAGUUCGUCAAGCGCAGCGUGGAGUAUGCCAAGAAGCGACUCGUUGGAGACCCCUUUGAUGCCAGAACUGAACAAGGGCCCCAGAUUGACCAAAAACAGUUUGAUAAAAUCCUGGAGCUGAUAGAAAGUGGGAAGAAAGAAGGGGCCAAGCUGGAGUGUGGGGGUCUUGCCAUAGAAGACAGAGGCCUGUUUAUAAAACCAGCUGUGUUUUCGGAGGUCACUGACAACAUGCGUAUCGCCAAAGAAGAGAUUUUUGGGCCAGUUCAGCCAAUUAUGAAGUUCAAGAGUAUAGAAGAGGUCAUAAGAAGAGCCAACAGUACCGAGUAUGGACUUACAGCUGCAGUGUUCACCAAGAAUCUGGACAGAGCAUUAACGCUGGCUUCUGCAUUGCAAUCAGGAACCGUCUGGAUCAACUGUUACAAUGCGCUCUAUGCACAGGCUCCUUUUGGUGGCUUUAAAAUGUCAGGCAAUGGCAGAGAACUUGGUGAAUAUGCUUUGGCAGAAUAUACCGAAGUGAAAACAGUCACCAUUAAACUCUCCGAGAAGAGUCCAUGAAAACAGAAGGCCUAAAAUGCUGACACUCUGAAUGUGACACAUGGGGGACGUGUUCAGAGCAAGGGGGAGGGGAGGGGCAGGAAGGGAAAUGGAAACACCCAACUUUAUUCCUCUAGAAACACUGAAUCCACUGGACUCCAUUUUGUCAACUGGCUCUUCAAACAUUGGUUUAACUGACCCUACUGGCAGCAUAGCACACACUUGUACUGUGCGAGUCCCUGGCUGUACAUCUGUCUGCUACCUGUGACUAAAAUGCUGGUCAGUCACAGUGUUUGCAGGACAUCUGCUUUCAGACUGUACCCCU